AGCAUGAACUCAUUACAUUAACUUUAUAGAUUUGACUCCAUACACAACAGUAGAAUAACUAAUUUGAUUUGCCAAAUUGUAAAAGACAGCAACGAAAAUCCCUAUGCUCCAUCUUUAAUGCACAGGUCGUGUAGCAGAUAUUAUUCUACCCUGAAACGAAAAGAAAAGGAGGAAGAUAAUGAUAGAAAUAGUGAAUUAAAACGUAAAAGAAGGCGCACAACUCGUCGGCACCGGUUAUACCGCCAACGAUCAAAAUACGUGCCACGAGAUAAAGCCGACAUCUGGAUGUUAUGUAAUGCCGAAAUAAUGAGUGACGAACAUUCAGAUAAUGAAGCAGAAGGAUAUGUACAUCCACCGAAGUUCAGAAGUGAAGAAGUCACUGAACUGCUUCACUUUAUUGAUAGUAAACGCUUGGGUAAAGAUGAAUUGGAUGCAAGAAUACCUGGAAGUUACUCAGAUCGGGAUAUAAGGGCAAAGGUUGACCCACUGUUGUUAGCAAAUAAUAGAUAAUGUUUUUAAAACGUGAUUUU